GUACUGCACUUGGGAUAGUCGGUCCAAUGUUCAAGGCAUUUCCGUAACCACUUCGCAAAUAAUCUCACAGGAAUGUUCCGUUUAUCUUGAAAAAACUGCAAUAAUUGAUGGAUUGAUCGACUGUUAUAGAGUCACUUGAGUCACAAAAAAUCAUGGUGUUGAGAUCAAUAAACCUCUUAGCUUUAAAUUCAUCAAAAAUCCUCAGUUCUCGACUUGUUACAUCUCGCACUCAGCUGUUUUCGUUCCGAAAAAUGGCGUCCGAGGUUGAGAAGGCUCAAUCUGCUACAGCCGGCGGAGACACUAUUUUUGGAAAAAUUCUACGUAAAGAAAUUCCUUGCAAAUUUAUUUACGAAGAUGAUCAGUGCGUAGCAUUCCAUGAUGUCAAUCCUCAAGCUCCAGUGCACUUCCUGGUGAUCCCCAGGAAGCUAAUCCCUCAGUUGUCGAAGGCCGAGGAUGGUGACGAGGCGGAGCUGGGGCAUCUGAUGAAUGUAGCACGAAAAGUGGCUAAAGAGCAAGGUCUCGAUAAAGGAUUCCGUCUGGUGAUCAACGAUGGACAGGAUGGAGCACAGUCUGUCUAUCAUCUGCACAUGCAUGUCCUCGGGGGGAGACAAAUGCAGUGGCCACCUGGUUAAUUCCUUCAUUUUUGUACAUUCUUCUUUACGAAAGUGAAUAUACUAACAAUGUACUAAAGGCAAAGGAAUGAUUGGAAUAAAGGUGAAAAAUAAAUGCAGUUUAUUUGUCGCUGA